AAAUGAUACAAACAGAUAAUAUUGCACCGCCGGGUCGCCUAGUGGUUUCAGUCUUCCGACCGCUGCUUGCGUGAGCUGGCUAUCUUGUGGGCCUGUGGCGCGUCACCACUACUACGCCUGUGUACUAGUAGGUUCAAUCAGAAACAGACUGUACGGUGCAAUUCUCCGAGCUAGGGGCAACUUUUUCUGGUCUCCGAAGCUUUCGGUCGUAGCGUUUGGCCAUGAUCAAUAUAGUCGUCUGAAGGAGAGUGCUCAUGCUCUGUGGAUCUACUCCUGACUUGUUCGCUUUGGAACAGCUGACAUAAAUAAUUAAGUACUCUCUCAGCCGUGACUUCCGAGCUAAGAAGACAAUCCUCCGACAGCGAGCUCUGCCUCAGCUCUGCUCACUUUAAAAGCUUUGAUAUGCAGUGAUACUUGCAGCUUGCAGCGUCUCUCAUUUAUUCCUUCUUGCACUGCCAAGCCCGCGCUCCUCUUUCCAAUGUCUCCUUUCGACGUCGAGUCCGCGGCGGUGCUGGCAGGUCAGCUUGGAGCUCCCGAGCGGAACGGCGCUGCUCUGAUUGACGCACACAUGUUAUCCGGAGACUCCAUCAACGAGAUGGCUGUGGCGGAAAGUGUCAAGCAGCAUCAGAAAACGUAUGACCUUCUGGCCCAGAAGGUGACUUACAAGAUCGGAUCAAAGACCGCGGAGGGCUCCCGCCAGAAGAUCCUUCUGAAUGACGUCAGCACGGUCGCCCGCCACGGCGAAAUCCUUGCGGUGGUGGGACCCUCAGGCGCCGGGAAAUCGACGUUCCUGGAUGCCAUCAGCGGGCGCAUCGACGGCUCUGAUUUGGAGGGCGGCUUCCUCGUCAAUGGAGCGCCGAUGGAUGCAAGCUUCCGUAGACUGUCGGGGUAUGUGAUGCAGGACGAUCAGCUGUACCCGCUUCUGUCAGUGCGCGAGACGCUUAUGUUCAGCGCGCGCCUGCGACUGCCCAGCAGCAUGAGCGCCGCAGAGAAGGCCGCGCGCGUCGAGAAGACGAUUGCGGAGCUCGGACUGGCCAGCUGUGCGGACACGCGCAUCGGGAAUGAGAGCGCGCGCGGGAUCUCCGGAGGCGAGAAGCGACGUGUGUCCAUCGGCGUUGACCUGAUCCACGAUCCAUCAGUGCUGUUUUUGGACGAGCCGACCUCGGGCCUAGACUCCACGGCCGCGCUCAACGUGGUGCAAACCCUGCACACCAUGGCGCGCGCGCGCGGCCGCACGAUCGUGCUUACCAUCCACCAGCCCAGCUUCAGGCUUUUGGCGCUCAUCGACCGCCUUCUGCUUCUGGCCCGGGGCAGCCCGGUGUACCACGGCCCGACGGCCGGCCUCGGCGACCAUUUCCGCCGUUUCGGCAGGCACGUGGUCGCCCACGUGAACCAACUCGAGUUCGCCCUGGACGUCAUUGAGGAGCUGGAGCAGAGCCCGGAAGGGAUCGAACCUUUGGUUGCAUUCUCACGCGCACAGCUGGAGGCCGCGGGGCCCCUCGCGCGCGCCGCGGCCGCGCCGUCCGCGCUCGGCCGGCCGCGCGCGGACAAGUUCGCGACCUCGUUCGCGUCGCAGCUGUGGGUCCUGUGCGACCGCGGCGCGCGCAAUACUCUGCGCACCAAAGAGCUCUUCACCGCGCGGCUGGUGAUCCUGUGCACGUCGAGCUUCAUCCUGGGAUCGCUCUUCUUCCGCAUAGGCUAUACGCCGUUCGGCGUCCAGGCGCGGGUGUCGUAUAUCAUAUUCGUCAUCUCGAGCAUCCUGUUCACGUCGACGCAGACGCUGCCGGUGUUCCUGGAGGAGCGGCUGAUCUUUGUCCGCGAGACGUCCCGCGGUGCGUACCGGACGUCCGCGUUUGUCGUGGCGCAGCAGCUGGUGUACGCGCCCUUCUUCCUGCUCCUCGCCGUCGCAUUCUGCGCCAUCUCCUACUUCAUGGUGGGCAUGGCGGCCGGAACGGAGCCGUUCCUCUUCUUCGUCCUCUCGGUGUGGCUGGUCCUCAUCGUGGCGAACACGUUUGUGCUCUUCUGGGGCGCGGUUGUGCCGAACGUCAUCAGAGGAAACAUCCUGGUCUUCUACGCCACCGCCUACUUCUGGCUGCUCUCCGGCUUUUUCACACCGCUGCAAACCAUUCCAUGGUACUGGAUCUGGGCGCACUACAUCUCCACGUUCAAGUACCCGCUGGAGAUGUUGCUCGAGAACGAGUUCCAUGCGCCCGGGGUAACGAACCGGUGCUUCGACGGUGUAAAUGACGGCCUGGUUACACCUAACUGUACUUUAACCCCGGGGGACAUCCUCGGGGGGCUCAAAGCCGGGGGAGUGCAUAAGUGGGUGAACACGGGGAUCUACGUCGCGUUUUUCUUUGCGUAUAGCUUCUUCUUUUACUUGAUGCUGCUCAGGCAGACAAACAAGACUAGGAAGUGAGACUCGGUGGAUGAGUUGGGAAGCAGUCUAAGGAAGUACGAAAAGAUACUGGAACAUUGGAGAGGACGAUUGCCGCUAGAAGCAUACACAGCAGUCAGUCUUUGUACAAGCCAUCCAGUGACCAUUACAUCCUAGUCUUUACAAAGUAGCUGACGGGCGUACUCGCUAGACUAGUACUAGGGCUGGACUAUAUUCUCAGCAUACACCUGUGGCCGUUUGCUAAAGUUGUGACUUGUAGCUUCUCCUUGUAAAACUCCUUCGAGCUCACUUUGUUUGAUUAGUAGGAUCUCAUCAUAAUUGGCUUCCUUCGAAACCUUUCAAAAGACCAUAGGAGCUCUCCCUUCAAAUUGUCGGAUUCGGUUUCCAUUUGCAGUACGUGACGU